ACAACAGGAGUGGAGCUGCUGAUGAAGUCUGUUACCAUYCCAGAGACUAAUGACACAGUGGAACUCUACAUUUUAGAUACUCCAGGAAAGGCAACGUUAGUGGAUGGCUGUGAGAAAAUGUGGGGUGAACCUUCCUUGCUGUGUCUGGUGUUUGAUUUGACCAAUGAGAAGUCUUUUGCCAACUGCAGUCGUUGGAUGGAAAGAGUUCAUGGACACUGCCAAGGUCUCCAUGUUCCAGGUGUGCUUGUAGGUAACAAGUCAGAUCUGUCUGCUAGAAGAGAAGUACAGACAUCCGUGGCCCAAGAAUGGGCUCAGAGCCAGGAACUGGAGUAUCAUGAAACAUCUGCUAAAGAGAUGGAAAACUGUGAUGCACCGCUCCUCAGUUUAGCCCAAGCCUUCCACUCUCUCUACCAAGAACACCGUGAGAACAUCCAAAAUCUUAGUCCAGGCUAGAUCGCAUUCAUUUCMCUCACAGGCAUUGAGCUUCUAUUCAGAUUUAAUUGACUGUGGCCUAUUGAAGCUGAAGUUAGUGUUGAUGACGUAUGUGAAAACACAUUUUUUUUAUUGUAAUGUAUAAGAAGAGCACCUUGUUAAAACUCAUUUAAUGAGAGCACCAAUAGAGGUUUUUUUGGUAAUAAUCAGCUUCUGACUGUGUUUGUUUUCCCUUUGUUUUCCUGUCUUUGCAGAGAUAAUAGGAUUUGUUUUCACACUGAUAAUAAUUAUCCAAAACUACAAUGAGACUCCAACUCAUUUUGUUGGAAACRGCUUAUACUUCACCUCCUCCCUUCUGCUUUACUUCUGUCACUCAUCCUUAGCUGUUUUUGAUUUUAACCAAGACUACAGUUUCAUUUUGUAAAUAAAAAAACAAACAUAUUUACAUUAAAUAAAAAGGGGAAAAAGUAUCUUUGUCACAUCUCUCUGCUUAGACGGGCUUGCUUUGGUAGUUUAUUUUUUUAUUUUUUUAGAUAAGCCCUUAAUUGCUGUGUCACCUUUCUUUUGUGGCUUAAAAUGCUUUUUCCUGGUGCCGUGUAUCUAMCUUGCUCCAUGCUCGGCGCAGCUCUGACAGCCAGUGAUCAUCAUUCUAAUUAGCGCUCUCCAAUUCAAAGCAGGUCACAGCCGACUCCUUGUUGUCUCCCUUCCUCUCAGACCAGCUGCCACCACUCAAAUGAGGCUAUGCUAGUUCCAAGUCAGACACAAUGUGCUUUUUUUUAAUCACAUUACUCGCUGCUUGCAGUGUACCGACUCUGUAAUAAUGAUGACGCAGCCUCUGKUAGAGAAAGCGAAGUCCAACUGACUGUGAACUAGAAUUUAGUUUCCUUUUGUGUUUUUAAAAUUGAUCUAAAAUUAUAUUAAUGAAGUGAAAAGUGAGAAAUUUUAGUUUUACUUGAACAUACUCCUUGAUUGCCUUGAGUGUUGGUCAAAAUGUGUGUUCAUGUAUAUGUAUAUAUACACUUUUUUCUGUCUGUUUUGAAAUAAAGAUUUAUUCUAAAAUCGUACAAUAAUCAUAGUUCUAAAGAUUAACAUAUCAAGACAUACUGCAUAAUUUUGAAAACUCAAAAUGUUUUAAAGCCAAACCUAAAACGUGUAGUUACGUUGUAGAUUGUAUGUAAUGUAGGUUUUGUUAUUGCCUCAUCACAACUCAUUAGUUAUCCCACCAAAGCAGUUUAAUGAAGUUAAUAUCUGGAUUURAGGUCAUUAAUAUAUUGAUUUACAUUUUGUUAGUCAUCCAGUUACAGAUAUCCUUUAGGGCCUAAGAUAAAUAUUAUUUUGUAACUCCUACAUUUGAGAAUUUUUUAUUUUAUUUUAUUUAUUUUGCGAACUGAAGAGUUCAUGGUCUGACUUAAUGAAAGAUGCUCAAGACCUGCAGUUGUAAAAGAAAAUAGCCCAAAUCAUAAACUCUCCUCACUUAUGCUUGACAGUUGGUUUUAGGUGUUGGUGUCGAAAAGCUGUGUAAGGUUUUAGCUAAACUUGGCCCUUAGGGCUGUCAAUGCAAAAAAAAAAAAAAAAAAAUCACGAUAUCUAAUGUAAUAGACACGAUAAAUAUCAAUAGAAAAUAUGUCUGAUAGAAUGUUGAUAAUUUCACAGAAUCGCACGGCACUCUGGGGGAUGUACUUCCUUAAUUUCUUACUUAUUGUGAUAUAUUAUUCAGCCAUAUUGUCCAGGCCUAUACUGUUUAUUAUGAUGAACAACUUUGUCUAAAGAUUAUUGUUCCAGGACUGUGAUGUUACUUUACAGGCCUGUGUCAUGCAAUAGUGAUAGUACCUGUUAACUUAAGUCUAUGCAGUCUGUCAUGUAGACCUUCAGUUUCUCUGCUCAGAAGAAGUUCUGACCUUGUGUUGGACUUGCUGAGACAUGUGUUCUUGAGAAGGUUGGAGCUGCAAAGGACUAUGUUAUAAAUAAUAUGAAAAACUGAUCAUUACUGUUUGUGAAGAGACAUGACAGGUCUGGUAAAUUCCUCUGUGAAAUUAAA